AUGCCUGCCAACCCGGCAGGCUCGGUGAAAGAGAGACGACCAUGGGCGCAUUUUGUAGCAGGAGGUCUAGGCGGCAUGACCUCCGCGACCCUCACCUCUCCCCUCGAUGUCCUUAAAACGAGACUCCAGUCGACAUUCUACCAAGAACAGCUAGCUGCUGCGAGAACGGCAAAGGGUCUACCGGCUCCGCAUCAGCUACCCCUUAUGAGAGCGGCGUGGAUGCAUAUCAGCGAGACGGGGCAGAUACUGGCACAGAUACCUAAGGUUGAGGGGUGGAGAGCAUUAUUCAAGGGUCUGGGACCGAACUUGGUGGGGGUGGUGCCCGCGCGAGCGAUAAACUUCUGGGCUUAUGGGAAUGGGAAGAGGGUGAUAUCCAACGCUUUGUUUGAUGGAAGGGAGACGGCGCUGGUUCAUUUAAUGAGUGCGGCGAGUGCGGGUAUCAUCACAGGCACGGCCACGAACCCCAUCUGGCUGGUCAAGACGCGACUACAACUCGACAAGCAGAAUUCCGGGCCUGGAGGACAAGGGAGACAAUACCGUAAUGCGCUGGACUGCGUGGUCAAGACCGUGCGACAAGAAGGCAUCCGUGGGCUCUAUCGUGGACUCUCGGCCUCCUAUCUGGGUGUUAGUGAAAGCACCCUCCAAUGGGUCCUCUACGAACAAGCCAAGCGCAGUCUCGCCCGGCGACAAACCGACCUCGUGCGCUCUGGCCGCGAACCCACAUUCACAGAUCGUGUAGUCCAAUACACAGGCCAACUAACAGCAGCCGGCGGGGCCAAAUUCGUUGCAGCGCUCAUCACCUACCCGCACGAAGUUGUGCGGACACGAUUACGACAAGCACCACUGGAUGCGAGCGGGCGGGUGAAGUAUACUGGUCUUUGGUCCUGCUUCGUGACGGUUUUCCGGGAAGAAGGGAUGGGAGCGCUGUAUGGGGGUUUGGUGCCGCAUAUGUUGCGAGUGGUGCCGAGUGCGGCGAUUAUGUUUGGGGUGUAUGAGGGGGUGUUGAAGGGGUUGGGGGAGAGUAGUGCUGUGUAG